CAUAUUUGUGUGGCUUCUCGACACAAUAAAGUUCUUAAAGAUAACCACAAGUUCAAGUCUCUGCCUCCGUUUGAACCGGACCGUUACAAUACGUUUGAACUUCGCGACGCCGUCGCAUGCGAUUGCGCGGUCACAACGUACGCAAUACUGGAAACUGAAUAAAAGAUCACACACUCUGUUCCACACGGUGUUAGAAAGUGUUCUCCGGUGAGCCUCGUCAAAAUGUGCAGUUUAACAAAAGACGGCGGAACCGCGCAGGCGAACCAGUUCUGCGAUCAACACGGCUCUCCCUUUAGCUUGUACUGUAUGGAUGAUGAAAAAUUAGUUUGUUCAUCCUGUCGACGAGGUAGCGAACACAACGGGCAUGAUCUCGUUGCAGUGCAGCAAGCUGCGCCAGUACUCAAGGAAAUCGUCGGGGAUUCUCGAGGGACCUUGACCAAGAAGUUGGAGGAGCAUGAAGAAGCUCGCCUCACCUUAAAUACGAUGAGCCGGCACGUUAAGAGCCAGUACCAGCAGACAGAGAGAGAGAUAAAAGACGAGUUUGAGAAACUCCAUCAGUUUCUGCGGGAGGAAGAGGAGGCCAGGAUCGCCGUGCUGAAGGAGGAAGAGGAGCAGAAGAGUCAGAUGAUGAAGCAGAGGAUUGAGAAGAUAACGAUGGAGAUGUCCUUCAUCUCAAACACAAUCAGCACCAUAGAGAAGGAACUGCAAGCUGAAGACAUCUCCUUCCUGCAGGGUUAUUCACAAACAAUUAACAGGAUCUGGCAAUCCCUGCAGGAUCCUCAGAGCUCUGGAAUGUUCUCCAGCGGUGUGACCCAGUUAAUUAAUCGGAUGAAGACUUCAUUCUCGACACCAGGGCAGAUCCAUAAUGACACCUUGACAAGGAUCUACGGCACACCACUGAAACCUGAGCCAAUCACAAACGGUUUGAUUGAUGUGGCCAAACACCUGGGCAAUCUCAAGUACAGGGUCUGGGAGAAGAUGCUGUGGGCUCUUCGGUACACUCCUGUGACUCUGGACCCCAACACUGCUACUCCAUGUCUCUCUCUCUCUUGGGAACUGACCAAGAUGAAGUUCUGUACAGACAACCCUCAGCUCCCUGACAACCCAGAGAGGUUCACCUUCGGAGCCAAAAUAUUGGGGUCCCAAGGCUUCACCUCCGGAAUACACCGGUGGGACGUGGAGGUGGGGGACAACUCCAACUGGGCGGUGGGAGUGGCCACACAACCCACUGAGAGGAAGGGAGAAACCACUGGGGGGGUUUUAGCCCUGUACAACAUGAAUGGUCACUACCAUACCACUGGAAUGGGGCUCAUUUCAGUGAGAUAUAAGCUACGUAGGGUGCGGGUUGAACUGGACUGGAACAGGGGAAGCGUGACCUUCUCUGACCCAGGCUGUUCUGACCCCAUCACUGCCAUGAAAUUCUAUCACAGAGAGCGGCUGUUUCCAUAUUUCCAGAGCUCGUGUGAGGAACACGCUCUGCAGAUCUCUCCAGACGAGGUCAGCAUCGCUAUAGAAACUCCGAAGUACGGAAUGAGCUAUAUUGUUUCUGGAAUGUUUAAUUGGCUUGGUUCAAAAAUGUAUUGAAGCCUCAAAGUAUGAGAUAACAAAUGUGUGAUUAGAGUGGUUGUAACUGAACAUUCCAACGCUGAUGUAACAAUCACUGCUGGUAAAAGAAAGCAACAGAGUUCUAGAACACCGACUAUGGAAAAAAGUAUAAAAAAAUUAAAAAAACACUCUUCAAAGGGCCAGAAGCCAAAAAACUAAAAGUGUCAGCACUCAUACUGCCCACACCAGGAGGAUGUAGUAUUGGUUUUCCUUACAUAUGAAACAUGGAAAUCAGCUGUGCAGCUGUAUAGGGCUAUUCCAUAGAACACAUUUGUAGGCCUUUAGCUCUCAUGUUUAGAAAUUGCAUACUAUUCUUUAACCAAAUAUAUAUUCUCAUCUUAUAUUCUCAUCUUUCAAAUUGCAUGAUCAGGCUUUCUAUAUGGCAGGUAUUCACACUCUACUGUCUAUGUUCCAUUGUAUAGACUAACUGCUGUGUAGGGUAAAUGUUCUUUUUAUCUGUAACUGCAUUUUCUGGCUGUGGAUUGCUUAAUAUUAUUUGAUUUAAUGUACUCUACUUAAUUAGUAUUUGAAUGUAGACUUUGCAAACAAAUUAAUUAACAAUGAGAUGCGUCCAUAAACUAUUCUGUGAAUUUAAAGUGAGAUGCAUGAAUGAAGACUAUGGUAAUUAUUGCAUGUAAUUAUUCUGAAUAAACUAUCAUUUUAAUAAGCUACAAA